AUGGAAGGGGAUAAGUCUGGCCCCUUUGAUUCAGUGAACAUUCCUAAACAUAUGCAGAAAUAUGCUCAACUCCUUGAGUAUCUCAAAAAAUUAUCGUUAGAUAACAUGGAUGAUACACUUGGAGCGCUUAGACAUUCGUUUUUUCAUGAAGACUAUGAUGAAGUAGCCGCAAUUCUCGUCUAUACAUCAACAGCACCACUUUACGAUUCUGUUAUGGCAGAAAUUUUAACAUAUAAAUUAUGUAUUGAGUGGAAUCACUUCAAUUACGCAGUAUUACGCGUUUUUGCAUCAAUGGAAUCAAUUCUUCCGUAUACAAAAUAUAUUAGAAGUCUAUUUCAGCGAGGAAUGUGGACAUUUAGUAAAAUUCAAGAAUCAUUACAGGAUGUGAAUGGAUAUGAGUUAGUCUUUGCCAAAGAAAUCGUUGAAAACUGUCCACAAGAUGACAAAUUCGAUAAAUUGACUCGAGAAUACAGGAAAAAUGAUUGGAAACUUUAUAAUGAAAUUAUUGAAUGCGGAUUCCCACUAAAUGAAUUAGGAUAUGCAAUUAAAAACGAUAAUCUACCACUCUUACAAGAAUUAGCCUCAAAAGAAGACUUUGAUUAUGAUCAAAAAAUUUUACAAGAACAUUUCGGCUCUCAUGAGCGCACAUUGAUCAGUACAGCUGCAUACUACGGAAGCAUCAAUUGCUUUAAGUUUUUACUCGUAAAUAAAGCAAAAAUCGACUCAUCAACUGCUGAAUGCGCCAUAAUGCAUGGAAACCUCGAAAUCAUCAAACUAUCAAUUGAACAACUCAAAGACCAUUCAUGUCUUCUUCCUGCAGCAGUUUUGGCCCAUAGAGAUGACUUAUUUGUUUGGAUUUCCGAAAAUUUCUCAGAUACGAAGCAGGCAUCACUGUAUGAUUGUGUAAGAUCAUUAAACUACAAAGCUUUGCUAUAUUACAUUGAAAAACAGUCAAUGUCAAAAGAUUAUCAACCUUCUUUAUGUGUUGCCGCUCAAAUGGGUAUUGUUUCAAUGUGCCGUGUUCUUAUCGAGAAUGGUGCCGACACUAAAGCGACUAUGGGACUUAAAGAUACUGCUCUUCACCUUGCAACUAGAUGCCAACACUUUUAUGUCGUUUCUUUCCUUUGUUCUCAUGGUGCUGAUUCAAAUCUGAGGAAUGAAAUUGGAAAAACUCCAUACGACAUCGCCGAUGAUGUCAAGAACGAGAAUAUCAGACAAUUCCUUAGUUAUAAUGGCGGGAAACCAGCCAGACUUGUAGAGAAGAUGAAUAAUAACAAUACUAAAUAA